AUGUAUGGUGAUUUGGGGACGAAGCUGAUUCAACAUGCCAAACGCACUCAGUCCCUCGCAUACCUACCCCCCUACCAACGCGAGAUUGUCCAAGCGGUGACUCGCGAAGUUCGUGACCUCGACAAAGAUGUGAGCCGUAUUCUUGAACAACUGGAGCAAGCACGAGCUGCUGCAGAGGGAGAAGAGGGAGGCAAUCCCCCUUCAUCCUUUAACCCCGCGGAUGACCCUGCUACCGCCUGCGCUCUAUUAGUCGACCAUUUAUCAAUGAGGCGAAAUAAACGUUGUCUCCUCGCAUACCAUAGAAUUCGAGCAGAGAAAAUAGAAGAAAUGUGCUGGAAUGGAAUAGACCCGCUAGAACACCAGCAAAGACAGCGGGAGAUAGAGAGUGGGAACAACAAUAGCGAAGACUAUGUAACAACCAGAACUGAUAGAACGCCCCUCUCGAAUGCGCAUUAUAACAGUUCACUCACACCAGUGGAAGAGGAAUACUUUCGACAAUACAAUGAGAUGUUGAUGGCGUACAAGGGCCACUGGACUGAUGUUGAUUUAACUGGUAGCCUAGAACCACCGAAGGAGUUAUACAUUGACGUUCGGGUUCUGAAGGAUGCUGGAGAAAUCCAGACUGAAUACGGAGCAACUAAUCACCCAAGGUUACCUUCAACGAUUAAAUUGAAAAUCACUCUUUCUUCGCCAAAGCUAGGCCAUGUGCGAGAAAACUAA